AUGUGGAUGUUUUUUACUUCAACACAACGAAGUUUGUUUCAAAGGAGGCUGAUGGCAGCAAAAGAAAAUACAGCCAAGAAGUACAAGAAAGUUUUUGAACUUGUACAAAAAAACGCACAGUACAACAGAAGGUGUGCUCAACGGCGCGCAAAGAUCUCUGAUUUUUUGCAAAGACGACGCCUCAGGCCAUCUGUUUGGGCAUUUGACCGAGCUUCUGAGUGGUGGGAUGUGAUUGUUCCAGGUUUCACAAACAGUCAGUGGCUGGAGAAUUUCAGAAUGUCUGAAGAAACGUUUGUCUACUUGUGCAACAAACUGCGUCCAGCGAUAAGUAGAAAUGACACAAACUUCCGCGUGUGUGUAUCUCCAAGGAAGAGAAUAGCCAUCGCACUGUGGAAGCUUGCAACGGGCUCCGAGUACAGAAGUGUUGGACAUCUUUUUGGAGUAAGCAUAACAACAGUUUGUCGAUGUGUUCAAGAGUUCUGUGCUGCAGCAGAGACGUUGUUGGUACCAGAACAAAUUCGUCUACCAGACCCGGAAAAGUUUAAAGAAAUGGCUGCUUACAUUGAGAACAGAUGGGGUCUCCCACAGUGUAUUGGUGCUAUAGAUGGAUCACACAUACCCAUCAUAGCACCAGAAGAGUAUCACUGUGACUAUUUCAACCGUAAAGGCUGGCACUCCAUUAUCCUUCAAGGUCUUGUGGAUGGUAAAGGACUUUUCUGGAAUGUUUUCACAGGACUGCCUGGAAGCAUGCAUGAUGCUCGGGUUUUGAGAUUGUCCACGCUAUGGGAGUUGGCAAGUCGGGGAAACCUGAUGCCAGCUUACACGAGAACCAUUGGUGGUGUGAAUGUAGGCUAUUACAUCCUAGGUGACUCUGCCUAUCCCUUACAGAACUGGCUCCUAAAACCAUUCACUGACACUGGGCGGCUAACUGUGGAACAGCAGGUGUACAAUAUGAAAAUCUGCAGAGCUCGUGUGGUGGUUGAAAAUGCUUUUGGUAGAUUAAAGGGAAGGUGGCGCUGUCUCAUGAAAAGAAAUGACUGUGCAGUCAACCUUGUAAAAUCUAUGGUGCUGACUUGUUGUGCUUUACAUAACCUGUGUGAAAGUCAUGGAGAGGCCUAUGAAAGUGCAUGGGACACACCUUCAGCAGCAGAGCCAGUGGUGGCGGUGCCACAGGCUGCAGAGGAGGAGGGCAGGGAUGUACGUCAAGGUCUUUUGCGUUAUUUGAAUAGUUAA